UUAUGGUAUUGACUUCUAAGCAAUACCAUGGAAUACAAGGCAGAUCUGAAGGAUUGCAAUAUGAAUGAUGUCAAUAAGGGCAGCCUGGCUACGUUUGCAUGAUAAAAGCUGCCUGGUAAUAAUGUGUCAAUGUUCCUGCAAACCCAGAGGAACAGCGCCCCCUUGAGGAGUCUGAAUCAUGACAGUACAAGCGUGUACAGGAAGUGAGGUUUCUUGAAAUUUGUUUCAAAAUUGAAAGUGAAAGAUUUCUGUUUACUGUUAGUGACUUAUCAGGAGCCAUUACAGAGAGCAAGGCAGGGUGCGGCUUUAUACAGAGAUGGCAGCAAACGCUUCUGGUCUGGAAGAAGAGCUUUCCUGUGCUGUGUGCUGUGAGAUUUUCAAGGAUCCUGUAACUCUUCAUUGUAACCACAGCUUCUGUAAAGCAUGUCUGGAUCAGUGGUGGAAAGAGAAGGGAGCUCGGGAGUGUCCAGUGUGCAGGAGGAGGGCUUCAAUAAGGGAUCCUCCUGUCAAUUUUGCUCUCAGGAAUAUUGCAGAGUGCUUCUUAAAAGAACACAGUCAGAAACCUCCUGGAAUGCUCUGCAGUGUGCAUGAUGAGAAACUGAAGCUGUUCUGUGUGGAUGAUGAAGAGGCUGUCUGUCUUGUGUGUCAAACUUCAGAGAAGCAUGAAAAUCACAAGCUCCGUCCAGUCCAGGAAGCUGCACGGAAUUACAAGGGAGAGCUCAAGACUGCGCUGGAGCCCUUGCAGGACAAGCUGAAAACCUUUAAUAAAGUUAAAGAAGAAUGUGAUGAAACAGCAGAGCACAUCAAGAAACAAGCCCAGCAAACAGAGAGGCAGAUAAAGGAGGAGUUUGAGAAACUUCACCAGUUUCUACAAGAUGAAGAAAAGGCCAGGAUUGCUGCACUGAGGGGGGAAGAGGAACGAAAGGGAAGAAUCAUGAAGGAGAAGAUUGAAAAUAUUACAAGAGAAAUCUCAUCCCUUUCAGACACAAUCCGAGUGAUAGAACAGGAGCUGGAAGCUGAAGACAUCUUCUUCCUGCAGAAUUACAGAAAAACUAAGAACAGAGCCGAGCGCACACUGCAGGAUCCACAGUGUGUUUCAGGAGCGCUGAUAGAUGUAGCCGAGCACCUGGGCUCUCUGAAGUACAAAGGGUGGGAGAAGAUGCUGGGGAUUGUUCAAUACACUCCAGUGACUCUGGAUCCCAACUCUGCAGCACCCUGGCUCAUACUGUCUGAGGAUCUAACAAGUGUGAGAGUCAGUGAUGAGAAAGAGCAGCUUCCUCACAACCCAGAGCGGUUUUAUCCCUGUGUUUGUGUGCUGGGCUCUGAGGGAUUCACUUCAGGGAAACACUGCUGGGAUGUUGAAGUUGGAAACAAAACUGCCUGGGAUCUGGGUGUGACAAACGAGUCCAGCCAGAGGAAAGGGAGCAUCACUGUGAACCCAGGAGCAGGAUACUGGAUUAUAGCCCUGACAGAUGGGGAUCAGUACUGGGCAUGCACCUCACCAUGGACACAACUCACUGUGGAGAAGAAACCCCAGAAGAUCAGAGUUCAGCUGGACUGUGACAGGGGGGAGGUGGCAUUCUUUGACUCCAGUGAUAUGAGACCUCUCUACACUUUUAAACACAGAUUCACUGAAAGGAUGUUUCCAUAUUUCUCUCCUUGCUUAAAUGAAGAUGGGAAAAACCGUGCCCCCCUCAGAGUGUGCCCUGUGAAGGCAGUUAUAAAAGUGGACUAGCCCAAUGUGUUGAGGAUGAAGAGUAGGGCUGUAUAAUAAUAAUAAGAAGCCUGUGACCCUGCUGGCCGCUGCACACUGACAGGGGGGGAGGUGUGGCAGUUACAGGGGAAGAGUUUCAGUGAAGCUCGUUUCCUCCUGGGUUAAAGGGUUGAGCAGUAAACCAGUAAGAACAGGAGCAGGUUGUGUCGUUUACUGGAGGUGCUGGGGGUGUAUAUGGGGGGGGGGUCUCAUUGGUAUAAUAGCAUGUCACUCUGACUGCAGCCAAUAGAAACACAGUAAAUACAUCAUUCCUGCUGACUGCUCAACACACCCUUGUGGAGGAACUCGCAUUAAAAGGACACUGGCUUGUAAUUCUCUUUGUAAUUACUCUUUGUAAUUAAUGUCAAUGUUAUAAAUCUAAUAAAGUUGUGA